AUGUACGAGCCGGGAACGGAGCAGAUCAACUGCAACGGCAGGCUCAUCGAAUUGCCCAGCCUGGAGGUUGUGCGGCCAGCUCCCAAAAUGCCCAGCGAUGCCAACAUUGAUUGGCUGCUCCACAUUUAUUUUACUCGGCGCGAGUUCACGCGCUGUCGCCGCCUCAUCGAACGUGAGCUGAAUCGACACCUGAAUCCCGAGUACCUGUACUUUGUCCAGGGCCUAAUUGACCGCGAAGAGGGCAAUAACAUCGAGGCUUUGCGACACUUGCAAAAAUCCGUGGAGCUCAAUCCGCGGAACAUUGAGACGUAUAAGGAAAUCGGUCGAACACUCUACAUAAUGGGACGUUUUAGCCAGGCCCUGGGGGUUUUCCGGGAAGCAGAGCAGCGCAGCAACCGGCCGGACCAUGAAAUAUAUCAUUAUCUGGGCGAGCUCCUUUAUCGGGCGGCCACCACGCAAAGCCAAAUGGAGGUGGCACGGCAGCAACAGGACGAGUCCCGAGCCUAUUUCGAGUUGGCAACUCAAUCGGGACGGAAACUGGAGAGCUUUGUGCGUUUGGCAGAGUUGUACCGCAAGGAAAAGCAAUACCAAAAGGCCAUCGAGCUGCUAGAGACAUGCCUGCACCUGACGCCUGAAAACUCUGAGGUGCUGAUUGAAAUCAGUGUUUUGUACCUGAAAAUCAACGAGACCCAGAAGGCGCACGAUCGUCUGGCGGAAGUCGUCAGCAUUGAGCGGAAAUGCUCGCCUAAGGGCCUUCUAGCCUUCGGCGCCAUUUUGCAGUCCCGGAACGAUGUGGAUGGCGCCCUUAGCAAAUACAGCCAAAUCGCAAACGCUGAGCCGGAAAUUGCGGAGCUGUGGAACAACAUUGGAUUGUGCUUUUUCAAAAAGCAAAAGUUUAUUGUGGCAAUUUCAUCGCUGCGCAAAUCCGUUUGGCUCUCGCCGCUUAAUUACAACGCUCUGUACAACUUGAGCUUAAUUUACAUUGCCUCUGAACAAUACGCCAGUGCCUUUCAUACGCUGGCCGCAGCCAUCAACCUGCGCAAGGAUAAUGCCGAGUGCUACAUGCUCCUGGGGCUGUGUUUACGUAAGCUGGACGACGUGGAUAACGCAUUUGUGGCCUUGGAACGGGCCAGUGUCAUGGCGACCGGUCAGCAGGGCUCAGGACGCAAUCCUUUGGUGGUGCUGAACUUUGCCCUGUUUUGCUAUGAAACAGGACGAUUGGCCCUGGCCGCCGAGCAGUACAACAGGUUCAUGAGCCAGGCACAGGAUCUGCUGCUGCCCACGGAAUACAAAUUCCAAGCAACCAAGUUGAAAUCCCUUCUGCGAAUCUCCAAUCAGGGCAACGGCAUCCUGUUGGAUAGUUCAGAUCCGGAGGAGUCAGAGUCACAGCAAAAUGGAUUUCAGGAAUUGCAACCAGAUGACAUGCCCUUGGAGGUGAAUGCCGUUGUUAGCCAGAACUGA